AUGAGGUACUCAAAUUCUCCAGGUGUGAUUGCGCUGUCAUUUCUCUGUCUGGUCUCAGGGGCAGAGGCAGGGAAGCUUCUGGUCAUACCGUCUGAUGGAAGUCACUGGACGGGCUUGAAGCCCCUGGUUGAGGAGCUGGGCAUGAGGGGGAACCAGGUUGUGGUGGUCAUUCCAGAGGCCAGCAAGAGCAUGGGGCCGGAGAACUCCACCACCCUCACCCUCUCUGUGCCCUACACCAAGAAGCAGCUGCAGAUCAUGGUACAGGCCAACCUGGAGGGCUUGAUGUCUCAGGAUGCCUCCAACGCCCUCACCAGGGCCUGGAGAUAUUUCAAUAGCCUGAGGGUGCUGAGAAGUUACAUCAGCAGGGCCUGCGAGAGCCUGCUGAUGAACAAAGAGUUGAUGCAGAUCCUGAAGAACUGGAGAUUCAAUGCCAUCCUCACCGAUCCCUUUGAGCCAGCCGGGGUCAUCGUUGGAGAAUAUCUGGACAUCCCCGAUAUCUACACCUUGAUCGCCCUCCCAUGUAUGGUGGACUUUGAGGCCAGCAAGUGUCUACAUCCUGUUUCGUACGUACGCAUGCGCUUCACCCACCACAUUGACCAGAUGACCCUGGCUGAGAGGACAGUCAACUUCCUGAGAAGUGUGUUUGAGCCAAUGGCCUGUGAGUUCUUGUAUUCUGAUGUGAAUAAAUUGGCCUCCCGGUACCUGAAGAAGGAAACCACUAUCACAGAGUUGAUGAGCAAGGCAUCCCUGUGGCUCAUGAUAUUUGACUUUGCCUUUGAAUUUCCCAGGCCAGUAAUGCCAAAUAUGGUCAUGACUGGAGCAUUGAAGUGUGAGAAACUGGAGCCCCUUCCAUCAUGGCGCUACUCUCAGCUCUGA